AUGAGCGAAAACGACGACCUCCUGGCCAGAAUCGGCAAGCUUGCAGGCCAAAUAAACCGCCACAAGACACAAGAGACCCAUCCAGCUAACCACCAGUCUCAGUACGUGUCUCGUCACGUUCCUUCUCACCCAGGAUGGGCCCCAUACUAUAGGGGGCGCGGUCGAGGACGCGGUCGAGGAGCAGCUGCUCCUCAUCGACACCGCACGCUUGUUCUAAAUACUGCGGGUGCUGGCUCAAAUACCGGCGCGACCUCCUCCCCAGCCCCGACGGGUUCUAGCGACAGUGCAGUGGCUCCGACACCAUCUUCGACUAGCAGUGGUUGGGUUGUGAAGCACGAUCGCCACAUGCAGCUUAUCAACCCUGCCGUCUACGAUCGGAAAACACAGGACAGAUCAAAGGAAAUAGAGCGAACGCGCAAGCUUAGAGAACAGAAAAAGACCGAGUACGAAAAAGCGAAGGUACUUCGAUAUGCAGAGGGCCCAGGCUCUCACGCAAUGGUUUCCACAACUGCAAAUCCUGCAGCUGGCCAUCAGAUUCUUGUCAAUGAUGUUCCUUUUAGGGUUGCAAACGGCGGAAGCAAACUCAUUCGUAUUUCGAAUGACCCCAGUACUGCCAACAAUACCCCCAAGCGCGUCAAAGUGGCCGAUGUGACCUUUGUGCGAAGCAAAAAUGGAAACCUGCACCGUCUCGGUGCUGUGGCUAUGAAGAAGAACUAUACGGUCAAGAAACGCAACGAGCUCUGCAAAAGAUUUACAACAACCGGAACCUGCUACAAAGGCCCAACCUGCCAGUUCGUCCACGACCCUAGUAAGGUCGCUAUUUGCAAAGACUUCCUCCAAACAGGCCAAUGUGCCGCAGGUAGUAGCUGUGAUCUAUCCCAUGAGCCCUCGCCCCACCGCUCCCCCUCCUGUAUGCAUUUCCUUAGAGGACGCUGCGCCAACCCAGAGUGUCGUUACGCCCACGUCCGCGUGACACCCGGUGCCCCCGUCUGCCGCGCCUUUGCAACCCUAGGAUACUGCGAAAAGGGCGAUGCGUGCGAAGAGAAGCACGUCCACGAGUGCCCAGACUAUGCGAAUACCGGCGCCUGCCACAAGAAGCGCUGCCAGCUGCCUCAUGUCGACCGCGCAGGCCAGAUCCGCAAGGCUGCUGCGGCUGCUGCUAGUAAAGCCGAUUUGGGUGAGGAUGACUCUGACCCCUCUAGCGAGGAAGAGAACUUCGAUGCUAUUGAUUCGGAUGACGUUGACUCCGAUGAAUUCGACGAUUCUCCCGAAGAACUGAUCGAAGGUGUGGAUAGCGGCGAGAUGUCGCAGCAGCACGACUUCAUCCGCUUCUAA